CAUAAAUGGCACAGAAUCACGGCAACACACCAGCAUGGUACAUGCAUGGCCAAGCAAGUCAAUACAUUUACCCGAAUCAGCAAACCCAAAAUUUUCAACAAACACCUCAAAUACCUCAGGGUCAACCUGGAUUCUCGUCCGUCUUGCAACAUCUUCAACAACAGACACAAAAUAGACAAGCAUUAGGUGCAUUGGCAGCUGCAUCCCUUACGUCUUCACUCGGAGGAGUACAAACACGGAAUCUCCCUCAGCAAGAACAUAUAAACUAUAAUCCUCAACCAAAUCAUCAACGCAAUUUGGUUGCCUAUGAUGAUCUUCCUCAACCUGUAACCCCUCCUCAACCUGUAGUCCCUCCUCAACCUUUUGGAGUAUCUUGUUGUACCCGUAUCUAUAAAUCAGCAAUUGCAUUAGAUCAACACCGAAAACAGCAUAUAAAAUGUCCUAAUUCUGAUUGUGAUUUUGUGGGAGUAAAAGUUGUUUUGGACGAUCACCAAGAGACUUUUCACGGAAAACCAAAAAAGAAAGCUGAUAGAGCUGAUGGCGUUGUUCCACCAAAUGCGCCCAAACUUGAUACACCCGAGGCCUUGGCAGCAUGGAUUGCCGCUCGUAAAAAGAACUGGCCUAGUGCAGAAAAUGUAGAAAGAAAGGCACGUGAGGCGGAAGAAAGAGCUGCAAAAGGAGAGCUUCCAAAGACAACUACAAAACGCAAAGGAAAAGAGCUCAAUAAGCCCCAUGUUAAAAAAGAGCGGGUUAUGAAGAGCGAACCUGAAAUUGUGGCAAAGCCAAUCUCUACAACAUCUCUUGGGCUUAUUUCUGGCUAUGGAUCAGAUUCUGAAGAAGAAAUGUUUGAUGCGGUACAGACAAUAGAGGAGAUUAUACAAAUGGGCUCCCUAGAUAACACCAGAAAAGAGCCACAAAAUACAGUGCAAGAUCAAGCUCAAGCUCAAGGUCACAAUGACAGUGAUGAUAGUGAUGAUAGCGAUGAUGAUAGCGUUAUGGAUCCCGAAAAGGACGCCAUAUCCUCCAAGGAUCCCACCAGUUCCGGAAAGAUUGCUACAGUAGAAACGCCACAACGUCCCAAAAGAGUGUGCAAGUAUUUUGCUCGUGGACAAUGCAGACGAGGAGACGCUUGCCAUUUCUCACACGAAAUUAAGCCUAAGGUAAAACGGUCAGAGCAUCGCCAACCUGCCAAAGUAGAACCAGUAAACAAGAGACCCAAUCUUCUUCGAAUGUUAUUGGACAAGGAUAUUCGGCAAGAAAGAAAUAUUAUCUUGCAAUGUUUCCGUUACAUUACCGAUAAUGAUUUUCUUGGUGAAGCCAAAUCCAAACAAUAGAUUCUUUUUCUUUUGGAUCAAUUAUUUUGUUGACUGUGUUUAUUGAAUCUUACUAAAUUCACACACAAUUCAUACAUUCAUACACAUUCAUGCACAUUCAUACAUGCACAUAUACACGCAUACAUAUACAUACAUACAUAUAUGUUAUAUAUUUAAAUAUAUAGCCUUGAAUAUUUCAUCCAAAAUAACCAAAUAAUAAUAAAAAUAAGCAGCACCAACACAACUUG